CGUUUAGUCUCUCUGUUGGGGUGCACACGGAUUGACCACUCCUUUUGGGCUUUUUAUUUCCUUGGAUAUCUGGGGAGGGAAAAGCUAAUCCACAAACAUGACUGACGCUCAACAAGAGGCCCGCUCCUACCUGAGCGAGGAAAUGCUGGCUGAGUUCAAGGCCGCAUUCGACAUGUUUGACACCGACGGUGGCGGUGAUAUCAGCACCAAGGAGUUGGGCCAGGUGAUGAGGAUGUUGGGCCAGAACCCGACGAGAGAGGAGUUGGAUGAGAUCAUCGAGGAGGUCGAUGAGGAUGGUAGCGGUACCAUCGAUUUCGAGGAGUUCUUGGUCAUGAUGGUGAGGCUGCUAAAGGAGGACCAGGCUGGCAAGAGCGAGGAAGAGUUGGCGGAGUGCUUCCGUGUGUUCGACAAGAACGGCGACGGUUACAUCGACAGAGAGGAGUUCGCCCAGAUCAUCCGCAGCACCGGCGAGCCCGUCUCAGAGGACGAGAUUGAUGAGCUGAUGAAGGAUGGAGACAAGAACUCAGACGGCAUGCUGGACUUUGACGAAUUCCUCAAGAUGAUGGAGAAUGUGCAGUAAAACCAGAAAGACUUGUGGACAUUCCUCCUCCUCUUCCUCCUCCCUGUGAACCCCCAUUCUGAAUGCAUCCGACUCCCCACUGACUCACUCAAACUCUCUCACACACACACACUCCCUC